AUGGUCUCCCUCGCGUCGUUGGCGCUCGUCUUCGGCAUGGUAUUCUCGGCGACCACGGCCACGGCGAGCGACGUCGACACCAUCAUGCAGCGCCGGCGUGUCGACCUGGCGGAUUUUCCCCCCACGGGAUCCUUCAAGAAGAUGCCCACUUGGCUGGCCAACAUCCAGAGUGACGGUACUUGGUCAGACGUCAACUAUCUGAGUGGAUGCACGGCACAACGAGCAAAUUGGCCCAUCCAGCAACAUUGGGUCCGCGUCAUCACCCUCGCCGCAGCAUGGAGCGGUCUCAACCCCCUCCUCACAACCUACACGGGCAACGACGCGGUCCUCGCCGCCGCCCUCAAGGGCAUGGACUAUUGGUUUGCAAACGACUACACCAAUAUGGACUGCAUCGGUCAAGGAGGCACCGAUGCGUGCCCCUGUGGCACACCCGGAUUGUGGAACAGCAACUGGUACGACCAGGUCAUCCUCAUCCCGCAGUUGGUAUCGACCGCCUGUCUCCUCCUCGACGGCGCAUCGCUCAGUGCCAACCAGACGGCCGGAUGCUACGACAUUCCUUACCGCGCGUACGCACUCCGUGACACGGACACCACCGGCGUUGGAUCCCUCACGGGCGCCAACAUGGUUCUCUUGAUGGAGCUGUCGGUCUCGCUGGCUCUGUACUCGAACGACACGACCAUGCUGGCCGACGCCAUGACCCGUGCCAUGUCUGCCAACCUUUUCGCAGACACAAAGGGCGAGGAUGGUAUCCACCGUGACGGCAGCUUCCUCCAGCACACUGGCAUUCUGUACAAUGGCAACUAUGGCAAGGACUCGCUCAACGGCUUCAUUUCACUGGAAAAAGAGGCGAUUGGCACGGCGUAUGCUGCCAGCAGCGAUGUCCGCUCGGCGAUUGCUACCAUGGUCCGCGGCAGCGAGUGGAUGAUCAACCGCGACAGCACGACAGGCAACAUGUACUGGGACUUUAACACCAUUGGACGCUUCAUCACGUUUGCGACGACCGAUUACCAGGCAUCGUCCGACAUCAACUUUAACACCACCGACCUUGCCGCGGCCACGGUCGACUUUUCAGGCGACGACUCGAUCAUAGACACGCUCACGCGUCUCGAGAGCAACGGUACCAUCAAGCUUACUGGUAACAAGGGCUUUUGGGCGUCAGACUACAUGUCCCACCGCCGCAGCAGCUUUACGUUGGCCAACAAGAUGAUCUCCAGCCGCGGCAAGAAUACCGAGUACACCAACAGCGCCAACCCUUACGGUUAUCACCUCGGCCAGGGAACCCUGUUCUCGUACGUCGCGGGCAACGAGUACAAGGAUAUUGAGGCCAUGUGGGACUGGAACCUCAUCCCGGGCACCACUGUCCUCCUCGACCACCCGGGUCUCACCUCGUCCAUUGUCGGGUACAAAGGCAAGAAGACGUUUGUCGGUGUCGUGAGCGACGGCACGUACGGAAUCAGUGCCAUGGACUACACCGACCCCUACGACGCAUCCAUCAGCUACCGCAAGGCCUGGUUCUACCUUGACUCGAGCGUCCUUGUCACCACCACUUCCCUCAGUGUGUCUUCCAGCGCCAACGGCAGCCCCAUCACUGUUCUCGACCAGCGUCUUGCAGCUAGCGACAGCACCAUUCUCGUGGAUGGCUCUGCGGUCACUGCAUCCAGCAGCCUUGGGCGCCGCGACAGCAGCGCGUCUGGCUACACCCUCUACUAUGGCGGCAACGGCUACCUCUCGCACGACGUCCCUUUCAACCUCACUCUGGCCCAGGGCGCAGAGACCGGCAACUGGUCCGUCAUCUCGACCUCUACCGCCGGCAUGCAGACCAAGAACCUCUUCUCGGCCUACACCACCAUCCCCGCCACGACCUACUCGUACCAGAUGUUCCCUGCCACAUCGUCGGCGGCCCUGCAAGCCGAGGCCGCCAACGCCACCACGACCCGUAUCGACGUGAGCGGCACCGUGGGCACCGCUGGCAAUGGUCUCCUCGCGCUCGCCUUCUUCCCCAGCUCUGCCACCAACGUGACCACGCCCAUGAAGAACAUUGGAUGGAGGAAAAAGGGCAUCUUCUCGGUAUCCGUCUCCAAUCCCGCCCUGGUCCUCAUCCAGUCGACCCGCCGCACCACGUGUGGCACUGCCCGUGCGAUGACAGUGACCGUCUCGGACCCGACCCAGCUGCUGACAACCGUCACGGUUAAGCUGGUCGCGGAUGCGAUCCACGUCGAGUGCCCUGCCGACUCGAGCAGCUACUGCACCAACACAACAUACGGCGUCACCCUCACGGUCAGCCUGCCCACGGGUGGCGAAGUGGGCUCGAGCGUCCAGCUGGCUGUGGUCGCCAUGUAG